GAAAGAAGCAUCAUACAGUCACCGACUGAGUCGAAGAACAUUUAACUCUUUACUUUAAAGUAAUACUAAAAAAAAAGUUAUCAGCCAUGCUGAAGUUUGUAGUGUUGAUUGCAUUCGUUGCUUGUGUGUCUGCUGCACCUCAACCUGGUCAUCUUGUUGCUGCAGCUCCUGUAGUUGCUGUACACUCUGUUCCAGUGAGCUACUCGAGUUCCAACAGCUACCGUGCACCAGUAACCAAGGCAGUCGUUCCAGUCGUUCCUGCUGCACCAUUAGUAAAGGCAGUUCCAGUUCUGCACGCAGCUCCAGUUAUCAAGGCUGCACCAAUAAUCGCACAUCCAGUUCAUAUUACUCAUGCAGCUGUUCCUGUCGCCCACACAGCUAUCAGUAUCAUUCGAUCUUCAUUCACGAAGUACGAACAAGUCUAUAAGCCAAUCAACAUGUACAAGUUCGCUGUACUUUUCGCCCUGGUCGCUUGUGUAGCCGCUGCACCAGAACCUAGUUCUGCAUUUGCGGCUCCUCUUGUGGCAGCUACACCUGUUGUUGCCGCUGCACCUGUUGUUGCUGCUGCACCGGCUGCCAGCAGCUACGCAAAUACCUACAAAGUAUCAUACAAGAGCCCAAUUCUUCCUGCACCAGCAGCUAUCGCCUACACUGCACCAAUUGCACACAUUCAUCAAGCACCAGCUGUCGCAUACGCCGCUCCUGUUGCACAUGUUGCUGCACCAGCUUACGCAGCGCAUCCAGCCCAUCUGACCUACCCGCAACCAGCAUUUGUCGCCAUCAGUCAGAAGGUUCUCGAGGCCGUAACAGACGUACUUAAAAAAUUAAUCAUGUUCAAGUUGUUCGUUGUUGCUGCUCUUGUUGCUGUGGCGGUUGCAGAAUACCCUCAUACUGGUGGCCAUUACCUAGCCGCAUCUCAACCAGUUUAUAGUAUACACGAAAAAACAAUUGAAUCUCAUGGAAAUUCAGUUGUACACCCCAGUGCGCCCGUAGUUCACACUGUUCCUGUUGUACCUGUUGUCCCUUAUGUUGAACAUAAAAAUUUGUACUACAAAUCAGUACCAACUCAUGUUGUUUCUGAAAAAACUGUUUCAAAUCAUGGCCACAGCAUUGUACACAACGCACAACCCGUGAUUUCAUCUGUAUAUGUUGCCCCAACUCAUUACGUUUAAAAUCAAAAGUUUAAUAAUUUAAAAAACUUUUUUAUUAUUUUUAACAUGAUAAUUUUUGUAGUUUUAUUAAGAGUCUAAAGAAGUCUUAUUAAUUUGCAAAUUUAUCAUGUUAUUAUAAUUUUUAAUUGACAGUCUCAUGAGCCUCUGAGAGGUCGUAAAUUUUUACUUUGCGUUUGUUUGAACCUGAUGACACAUUUUAUAUUUUAUAAAUGUUUAUUUUUGUUUUCAAUGGAAUAAAAAUUGUUUUUCACUUCAAUAAAAAAUGUU